ACAAAUAUUUUUGUUAUCUGUGGUUCUUGUCUAAUGGAGCAUUUGCGCGAUCGUUCAUAAUUUUAUUUACCAUCAUAUUUUAUUACACACAACUAAAAAGAGUAUAAUUUUUAUAUGGUUAUUCGUCCACAUCAAUGGUGUAAAUUUUGAGAUAUGUGUAAUUUAACUAAAUAAAUUUAUUUUGAUAUAGCCUUCAUGAUCUCAUGACAAAAGGCCUUGCAGUACGCAUAGAUUUACAAAUGUGUUGUUUUGGUAGAUAAUGGAUCCAAGAAUGUGUAGAAAAAUCAGUAGUAGUGAAAGUCUUCCAGAUGCGGACAAUGUGGAAUAUGAGGUAUCAAACAUCAUUGCACCGCAAGAGAGCGACGACAAUUUCAUGCUGGAUGGAAGUCAGCCCCACUCUGUGACAUGGCUAGACAACGAUCAAAUAGAUGAAUUAGAUCUUAAUUUAGACCAAACUAAUUUAUGUUUUCAUAGAGUUGAUAGCGCAGAUAUAAUUUAUAGAAGCAAGAAGAAAAAAUGCAAAAUGGUAGGAAAGUAUGUAAUGGGAGAUGUGUUGGGGGAGGGUUCGUAUGGCAAAGUUAAAGAGAUGCUGGACUCUGAGACGCUGUGUAGACGAGCUGUUAAAAUAUUGAAAAAGAGGAAACUGAGAAGAAUACCAAAUGGUGAACAGAAUGUACAGAGAGAAAUACAAUUGCUGAGAAUACUUAGACACAAAAAUGUGAUAGAACUAGUCGAUGUUAUGUAUAAUGAUGAGAAGCAGAAAAUGUACCUUGUGAUGGAGUUCUGUGUUGGUGUACUCCAGGAUAUGUUGGAAGGAAGUCCAGGCAAGAAGUUUCCUCAGCGGCAAGCCCAUGACUACUUCACGCAGCUUCUGGACGGCUUAGAGUACUUGCAUGGUCAGGGGGUUGUUCACAAGGAUAUCAAGCCAGGAAACUUGUUGCUGACUCUAGACCAUACACUGAAAAUCACUGAUUUUGGAGUUGCUGAGGCUUUAGACAUGUUUUCGCCCGAGGACACAUGUUACACGGGGCAGGGGUCGCCAGCAUUUCAGCCGCCAGAGAUCGCAAACGGCGCCGAACAAUUCUCCGGCGUCAAAGUCGAUAUCUGGAGCAGUGGAGUUACAUUGUACAACAUGACGACGGGCCGGUACCCGUUCGAGGGUGACAACGUAUACCGAUUGCUGGAGUCGAUCGGUCGCGGCGAGCCGGCGCCGCCACCACCCUCGCUGGGCCCCACGCUCGGCUUGCUUCUAACUAACAUGCUCAAGAGGGACCCAGACCUUAGGCCCACUGUGCACGAGAUUAGGAGGCACUCUUGGGUGCAAGCUCGUCCGCCGCUAGAAGCCGGGGAGCGGCUGGUGACGCCGCGGUCGCGUCGCUCGGACGAGCUGCACACCUCAACUGUUAUCCCGUACCUGGUGGAACGUCACUACCCCUCCGCACAGGAGUAUUUCACUGAACGGGAUUAUAGGCACGAGCUGGGCGACGGUGGAUCGCGCACCCUGUCGACGGCCGAGCUGUCGGACGCGGAGUCGAGCCGGCGCAAGCGGCGCUGGCACUCGUCGUGCGGCCGCCUGCCCUCCUGCCGCCUCACCUGAUGUCACUCUACAACCCCAUACACCUCACCCCAAACCACUUUGCCGUCCCGAAGCUAGCCACUAGUCACUGCGCACUCAAAACGUACGAACAAAAUCCAAAUGUACCAACUGCGCAUGCCCUAGCAAAAACACCUAACUUCAGAGCGGCAAAGUUGUAAGAUUUGAACUGUACUUAUCGCGUGUGACACUCCCCCUUUUCCUGUCAAAAUUAAACACCCUAGAAAUAAUUUAUGUUCGUUUUGUGUUAAGCAUAUGCUCCGAACAAAAUUGGCUUUGGAAUACUUAAUGUUGCUAUUUAUUUGUUCGUAUAUAUGGUUGUUACGAGUAGUUUUCUAUAUACUCCUCUAAAUAGUAAUGCAAUUAGAGCUUUAUACGAAAUAUGUGUUUGAAUGCGUAUGUUGAGAGACCAAUUAUUUUAGUAAAUUUUCUUAUAUGAUAUUCAGUCACAUACUUCUAUUAGAGCUAAUAUUACCAUAGACAUAUUUACGAUAUUGAAUAAGCAAGGAGUUCAUGCGAUGACAAAACAAAAAUAUAUCAAGGAUGUUAAAUAGUACCUGUUUGAUUUGUCUUUCAUGGUGUAUGAUGUACAGUGAACUUGUAUUUAGAGUAAUAAUUAGUAGAUCUCAAAUUUUAACGUGGCAAUAAAAAGAUAAUAUUUUUAUAAAAAAUAUCGCUAUAAAACCAAAUUAUAAUAGAGUUCUUGCCAAGAGGGAAGCACCGAUUAUAUUAUCAUUUUUAGGUUGAUUUUCGUUUUUUUGUGCAUGAUAUUAUCGAUCAGCAGAAAUUGUGAUUGCACUGGUCGACUGCGCCCACGCUUCUCACUGGUUCGAUCGACGGACAAAUGCGUUCCUGACUGUGACAAGUAACUAGCUUGCAAUAUUUGUUUGAAUGGUUUUGGGUAUGUUCGAAUUUCUUAUUAUUUUAGUUGUUAGAUGUAAAGUACAAGUUAUUAUGGCGAUUAUUAUA